ACAAACGCGCAAGUAUGAGCAGCGAGACGGCGGUCGGGCCUGCCCGUGGCCCGAAAACCGCCGCGAAAAAACCGAUUGACGCCGAGCGUACGGGUAGGAUAAACGACGAAGACGACGUGGUACGCAUCGACUACGGUGAAGUGCUGUGAGUGAGGUGAAGUAUACGGCAAAAGGUGGUGCACACCUCAAAGGAUGUGCGUGUGGUGUGAGUGCGUGCUUUUCAAUGGGGUGCACCCAGAGCGGGCUUCUACGCAAGGGGGACAGGACGCUAGGGGGUACGGAGAACCCCCCGCAGCAGGUCCCCUUUUCUGGGCCGGACCUCAUCGGUUCGGAGCAUUUUUCUUCGGCCCUGCGAGACGGCAGUGCAGUGUCUGGCCGUGCAAAUGGUCGGGAUGGCCUGUCGGGCGAUAUCAACGUGCCGCUCUUUGACCUCACACCGGAAGACGGAAAGAAAGGAACGGUUGCGCUCAAGUUUGGCUCCAUGUAUCUAACUGUACCAACAGUCAGGGUUUUGUUCGUGUUUAUGAAGGAAGACAACCAGUACCAGGCGUUGAAGUGGUCUGCAGAGAAGAUGCACUACGAAUGCCAGCUGUCAACGUCAGCCGACGCGGCCGUCGAGAGCUACCUCAACAGCCAGCCGCACCUCGUCUUCAUCGAUGCUCGGAGUAGGAAUGCCAUCGACCCAGUCACAUUAUGCAGGACAAUUCGUGGUUUUAGGGGAAGCCAGUUUUCGUGUAUAGUAGCAGUUGUAAAGAAAGGGCUGGCAGAAAAGGAAGACGCUGCCAUUAUACCUCUACUUAAAUCAGGUUACAACAGAUGGUUCACAGAGUCGUCUUCCUACGGCGUGUGCCUGAACGAGAUGAUUCAAAUAGAACACAAUGACCUGAUCAGCCUCUGGAAGCUGAGGGCUUCUGAGGCCCUUUUCUCUGCACUGCACUUUUCACGAGACGGUGUAAUCGUCACAGGGCCUAACCAUGAGAUACAGUUUAUGAACCGGGCAGCUGAGAAACUGGUGGGCUACUCCGUGGAAGAGAUGUUGGGUGCUAACGCUCAGGAGCUCCAUCGUACAGACUCUCUCAAGGGAGAUGUCGUACAGACGAUCGCCGCGCAGAUCAAAAAGGGAAAGGAAUGGGAAGGCACGUUGUUCCACAAGAGGAAAUCCGGAGAGUGCAUCCCCAUGUGGAGCAAGAUCGCGCCUGUUGAGAUUCAUAGUGGUAUGUCUGACCACCUUGUAUAUAUCAAGGAGUGUCCCUUCUUUAUGGAGAAGCCUUUCUCCCCUGACGCAGAUUUGCAGCCAUAUUCGUAUAAUGCAAGUUGUAAGAGUUCUAGAAAGGCAUCUUGUGAUGUUCGGUCCUUGUGCAGUGAGGUUGGAAUGAACAGGAGGCAAUCAUUCGCCAAGUUCCAUGCCAUGACGAUAGAAGCUCCGAUCACCAAAGUGAUCAACAUGCUGGUGGCUACCCAGGACAACAGCCCGGCCGUGGUGGUGCAAGCCCUUGACCGUGUGCUGGAGAUCCUGCGUUCGACGGAGCUCUAUAACCCGCAGUUGGGCGUCGGCGGACAGGGCAGAUCAGAGGACCAGAUGACAUCCGACCUCGUCACAGGACUCAUUAACACCGGACAGAGACCUACUGGCGUUCGGAGGUUAUCCCACGAAAACGCUGUCAUGAAAGUGAACGUGACCACAAAUCAGCAGGCAGGUGGAUCGCUCCCGAGCCUUUCGACGGCACCGCCGAAGAUCAGAGAACUCCUCGAGAACGAUACCGUCUGGGAGUUCGAUAUAAUCGAGCUUGAAACCAUUUCGGGAAGAAGGCCCCUGAUUUGGCUGGGCCUUUCGCUCUUCUCCAAGAUGAAUGUGCAUACCAGUUUGAAUAUCGACGAUAGCACGAUCCGAAACUGGCUUCAAGUUGUCGAGGCUCACUACCUGGACAACCCCUAUCACAACUCCACGCAUGCAGGGGACGUGCUCCAAGCCACAGCCUACUUCCUUAUCAAGCUACGAAAGAAAGACAUAUUCGAUCCGCUGGACGAAGCCAUCUGCCUGAUAUCUGCAGUCGUGCAUGACAUUGACCACCCCGGAAAAUCCAGUCCGUUUCUUUGCAACUCUGACAAUGAGCUUGCUAUCCUCUACAAUGACAGGUCCGUUCUGGAAAGCCAUCACGCGGCGUUCGCAUUCAAGCUAACGCUGUCGGACGAGAAGGUGAACAUAUUCCAGAAUUUAGACCGUGACACGUACCGUACGGUACGCCUGUCGGUCAUCGACAUGGUGCUGGCCACAGAGAUGACCAAGCACUUCGAGCAUCUCUCCAAAUUCCUCAACGCCUUCCAGAAGCCCAUUCAAGGAGACGACGCCUUCGAUCCAGACUCAAUGGCCGACCAGGACCAGGCGAACUCUCUGCGCUCUCCGGAGAACAUAAUCCUCAUUAAGCGUAUGCUUAUCAAAUGCUCCGACGUGUCCAACCCCGCAAGGCCCAUCAACAUGUGCAUUCAGUGGGCACACAGGAUAGCCGAGGAAUACUGCGCCCAGACAGACGAAGAGAAGCGGCGUGGCCUGCCGGUAGUGAUGCCAGCCUUUGACAGGGCCACCUGCAAUACUCCCAAUUCACAGACAGGUUUUAUCACGUACUUCGUCAGGGACAUGUUCAGGGCCUGGUCCGACUUCGGCGAGUUUCCUGAGCUUAUGGAGUACAUAGAGAAGAACUUUAUUUAUUGGAAGGACAAAGAGACGAACAGAGCCAAUUGAACCACCGAGCCCACACCCUGAAGCACCCUCCAUUCCAACCAUGCUCACCGGGAAAAGCGUCCAAACCCUCUUCCUUUUCGUGCGUGCGUGCGUGCGUGUGUGAGAAAACUUAAGUGAAGGCUCGAGUCGGCCAACCCUGUGUACUCUCCUGCCGCCUAUACCAGUGACGUAUGGCAAUCCACGUGACCUCAUCAGUCAGGAACCGAGUAUUUUAGAUGUACAAAAACAAAAGGGCUACCUUUUCUGCCGGAAUGAAAAGGACAGUGAAUAUACAUAUCGUUUCUUAUGCACAAA